CGCUUGUGCAACGAACCCACGACGUUUCGAAAACGUAAGUUCAAUGGUGUGCGCGUAAAGCCGGAAAAUGUGACGGGUGUUGUGAAUGUGUUCCGAUACAUCCAUCGAUAAACUUCAACGGUUCAUUUCGUAUCUAUUCGCUGAUAAACAAUGAGGUCCUACUUGGCAUUGGCAACGGUAGCGUUGUUGGCCGCAGUCAGCAAAGCAGGAUUGAUCACCUCCCAAUACAACUUGAUCUCUUCGCCUCAGUUCCUAGUGCCGCAAAACUACCACUCGCUCCCGGUCCCCGGAAUCAUCCCGGCCAACCAGCCGGAUCACAGUUUAGCCCAUCCGGCCGUCGUUGAAAACGCAAUCGCCGAAUCGCAACUGCCGCCAGAAUUGUUGAACCCCUUCUACAAGAACCCAACGAUUGCCGCCGGCUUGGCUAAGGAAUCUUGGUUUGGCGACAAGGAGUUUCCCGUACACAACAGAGAAGCCGAAAAGAUUCCGAGACAAGAGAUUUACAACAUCAUCAAAAGACUUACGUCCAGGAGGAGAUAAACAUUUGAAUUAGUUAAGAGACUGUGUGUAUGUGUGUUUGAGUGAAGAGUGCAAUUAUUUAUUAGCUUGUAAAUAAAAAUUUAAAUUUGC